UGUACAUUCUUAUCCACAUGACUCUGUAACUGAAAUUUUGGAAAACCAUGUGAAUUGAGAUAAAAACCAUUAAUUUUAUUGAGACGCAUUUAUUUAUAAAUUCAAAAGCAUCAAAUCGCUGAGAAUUCAACCAACACAAUAUCGAAAGCAAAUUAAACCUUUCACAAACUUGUAUUAGAAAGAUGAGUUCAACAAGCAGGGCCUGGGUUGCAGCAGUAAGCGUGGGAGUAGUAGAGACACUAAAAGAUCAAGGAAUGUGUAGGUGGAAUUACACAAUCAGAGCCAUAAAUCAGCACGCAAAGAACAAUCUACGCUCAUAUUUACAGGCCAAAAUAAUGUCUUCUCAAUCUUCUUCUUCUUCUUUGGUUUCUGCUAACAGUAAAAUGAAGCAAUCUGAAGAGUCUCUGAGGAAAGUCAUGUAUUUGAGCUGUUGGGGUCCAUAUUGAUCAAUCAUAAUAGCAGUUAUAUCUAAUUAUUGCUGUCAUGUACAGUUUUUGACAAUAUUGUAAAUGAUUUUGAGAGCUUGGCCUAAAUUGCUCAAUCAAUGGAAAAGAAAUUUCUGCAAUCCCAAAUAUCUGGAAAUUAUCCUCAAUUCUAGUGGUUUUCAUUUGGUUUCGUGUUA